UUAUGUAUUAAUACUGCUUUAGCACUAAUGUAGUAAUACUGCUUUAGUAUGUAUGUACUAAUACUGCUUUCUCCAUCCUGGGCGUGUACUGCUUUAGUACUAAUGUAGUAAUACUUCCUUCUUCCGGGGAGAGUAUUGCUUGUUGAGUACUAGGACAACUGACCAAAUUGAAUAACGUAUCACGAAAGACUUUUCUCCAUGAGAUGUCUAGCAUGCCUAAAAUAAUCAGAUACAAGUAAGAUGGUGGCGAUUUUGUUAUAUACCUGUUUGUAAGUGCUUAUGCAUUGGUGAAAUAUUCAAACAGAGCUAUAAGAGUGGUCGUCUACAAUAGCCUCAUAUGAGUAGUAUUGGGCCAGUCGUAUCCGAUAGCGAUAUCAAUGUAUAUGCACAUGUCCAACAUGUGUACGAAUGCGUACACAUUACUGCGUGUAAGUCAGGUACACCUGUUCUUUCUGUCCGUUGAAGACAUGGAUUCAUACCUGCGCCGUGUCUUCAUCCUGGUCCUUCUCACUCCUUUAAUGCACCUGGUGUCUUCUGGCCUGAGAGGGUACAUAUUAUUAGAACUCGAUCGAACAUGGGAAGAGGCCGAUCGACACUGCAGAACACACUACAGCGGCCUGCUCACCGUCAGGGAUGCGGAACAUGAGGACACCCUUAGUGGCGAGGGCUGGGUUGGUCUCCGACGAACUGAUGGCGUUUGGACGUGGGCCGGAGGGGAGCCGCUUGGUGUCCUUCGCUGGAAAAGGGACGACGAACCGAAGGAUGAUAAGCAUUGUGCAGAGUGGAAACCAGAAGGCUUGAAAUCUGAGGAUUGUGACCGGGAAAAAAAGUUCUUCUGUGCCGACAACAAUCUGGUUCUGAUCAGUGAGGAGAAGACCUGGGAAGAGGCCCUGCAACACUGCAGGGAUCUGCCAUUGAGCCGGGGUAUGUGCCACGACCUGGCCACCUUGGAGACGCACGACGACCACGUCUUUGCGAAGGAAGAAGCAGAGAAGGCUGCAACCGACGAGGUGUGGACGGGUCUGCGUUACCUGAGUAGCAGGUGGUUCUGGGUGGGGGACGUGGAUAAGGCGAUCCGCCACGCACUGCCCGCAUGUCCAGACCAGAACAACUUCUGUGGCGCCAUGUCUGGGAGCUCCCUGGACGUGCAGACCAGAAAUUGCACGAAGAAGAAGAACUUCUUCUGCCAGAGGCGAGCGUGUGUUUACAGCGGUUGA